AUGUCUUCAAACAUAGUUAUCCUAGCAAUUCGAGCUGCCCAGCUUAUUUUUGGUAUUAUUCUACUGGGCCUCACAGCUUACGUUGCUCACUGGUACAAUGUGGAUACAUUGACCUCUUCUCCCUCUCAGAUCAACAUAUUGUUAUUUGCUUCGCUAUACACAAUUGUGUCUGUCCUCUACCUCGAGUUGGCGCCGAGAUUUGUUCCCAAAAUUUCGCACCCGUUGGCAGCGUUUGGCCUUGCGACUAGCAACGCCCUCUUCCACUUCGCUGGCUUCAUCGCCCUCUCUGUCUUCAUGAGCAAGCUUCUCUUCUGCCGCGGCAGCGUGUGUGGCUCAGCCCAGGCUAGCAUUGCCUUCGGUGCUAUGGAGUUCCUGCUCUGGGCCGCCUUCGCCAUCUUUGCGGGAAAGGAGGUAGUCCAGGGGGGGUUUCUCCCCAAGCGAGGACCCAAGUCCCAGAGCCCUUUAAAGCCAUCCGAGAUGAAGGAGGCCCCGGCCGCGUAA